AUGUCGCUGAGGCCGAGCGCGAGGACCGAGGUCCGCCGGAACCGGUACAAAGUGGCGGUGGACGCAGAGGAAGGUCGUCGUAGGAGAGAGGACAACAUGGUCGAGAUCCGAAAAAGCAAGCGCGAAGAGAGUUUGCUGAAGAAGCGUCGCGAAGGCCUCCAAUCCCAGCAAUUCGCACCCGCUCUUCAGCCCUCAAAUGUCGAGAAGAAGUUGGAGAGUCUGCCUUCGAUGGUUUCUGGGGUUUGGUCUGACAACAAUAAUUUGCAGCUGGAGGCCACUACACAGUUUCGAAAGCUGCUUUCUAUUGAACGAAGCCCUCCAAUUGAGGAAGUCAUUCAAUCUGGGGUGGUUCCUCGCUUUGUUGAGUUCCUCAUGAGGGAGGAUUUCCCACAGCUUCAGUUUGAGGCUGCUUGGGCUCUUACAAACAUAGCGUCAGGAACCUCAGAGAACACCAAGGUGGUGAUUGAACAUGGGGCAGUCCCAAUAUUCGUAAAGCUUCUUGCUUCUCCAAGUGAUGAUGUUAGGGAGCAGGCUGUGUGGGCAUUGGGAAAUGUUGCUGGUGAUUCCCCCAGAUGCCGUGAUCUUGUCCUCGGCAACGGAGCUUUGAUGCCAUUGCUGGCUCAGUUGAAUGAACAUGCAAAGCUUUCGAUGCUGAGAAAUGCAACAUGGACUCUGUCUAACUUUUGCAGGGGCAAGCCACAGCCUCCAUUUGAGCAGGUGAGGCCAGCACUUCCAGCGCUUGAGCGUUUAGUUCAUUCCAAUGAUGAAGAAGUCUUGACAGAUGCCUGCUGGGCACUGUCAUAUCUCUCCGAUGGUACGAAUGACAAAAUUCAAGCUGUGAUUGAGGCAGGCGUCUGCACCCGACUUGUGCAGCUCCUCUUACAUCCAUCUCCUUCGGUUCUCAUUCCUGCACUUCGCACUGUUGGUAAUAUUGUGACAGGAGAUGAUCUUCAGACUCAGUGUAUUAUCAACAAUGGUGCACUCCCAUGCCUUCUGAGUCUCUUGACUCAUAAUCAUAAAAAAAGCAUCAAGAAAGAAGCAUGCUGGACAAUCUCAAAUAUUACAGCUGGAAACAGGGAACAGAUACAGUCUGUAAUUGACGCUAGUUUGAUUGGCCCUCUGGUGAAUUUGCUCCAAAAUGCUGAGUUUGACAUAAAGAAAGAAGCUGCAUGGGCAAUCUCAAAUGCUACUUCUGGCGGCACUCCUGAGCAAAUCAAGUACCUUGUUGGUGAAGGCUGUAUAAAACCGUUGUGCGAUCUUCUUGUAUGCCCUGAUCCAAGAAUUGUCACCGUCUGUUUAGAAGGUUUGGAGAACAUUCUGAAAGUUGGGGAAGCUGAAAAGAAUGCUGGUAACACUGGAGAAGUUAACUUGUUUGCCCAAUUGAUUGAUGAUGCUGAGGGCCUAGAAAAGAUUGAAAAUCUACAGAGUCAUGACAACACUGAGAUCUAUGAGAAGGCAGUUAAAAUUCUUGAGACAUAUUGGGUGGAGGAAGAUGAUGAGACAUUACCAUCAGGAGAUGGUUCCCAGCCAGGCUUCCACUUUGGAGGGAACGAACUUCAAGUUCCAUCUGGUGGAUUCAACUUUAGCUGA